AUGACCGACUCUGUCAUGGAGGUAGAUAACCCUGGGGCUGCUAUUCAGCAGCUCCAGAGCGGCGAAAUUGAUGAAUCUCUCUAUAGCAGACAACUCUACGUUCUUGGUCAUGAGGCUAUGAAGCGGAUGGGUUCUUCCAACAUCCUGAUUGUCGGAUUGAAAGGCUUAGGUGUUGAGAUCGCCAAGAAUAUCGCCCUCGCUGGAGUCAAAUCUUUGACCCUAUUCGAUACACAACCUGUCGCCAUUGGUGACCUCUCCUCACAAUUCUUCUUACACCCCGAAGACGUUGGCAAACCUCGAGCAGAGGUCACUGCCCCCCGCGUUGCCGAGUUGAACUCCUACACUCCAGUCUCCGUCCAUAAAUCAUCCUCCUUGACCGAUGACCUGAGUCAACUCAAACAAUACCAAGUUGUUGUCCUCACAAACACUCCUCUAAAAGAUCAACUCACAAUUGCUGAGUAUGCACAUGCGAAUGGAAUAUACCUGGUGGUUGCCGACACCUUCGGUCUCUUUGGAUAUGUAUUCACGGACUUUGGCAAAGAUUUCACCGUUGGUGAUGUGACUGGGGAGAAUCCGAUCAGCGGAAUCGUUGCAGACAUUGAUGAGAGCGGCUUGGUAUCGGCACUUGAUGAAACCCGCCAUGGUCUGGAAGAUGGUGAUUACGUGGAAUUUGCGGAGCUCAAAGGCAUGGAUGGUUUGAAUGGCGCAGCUCCCCGGAAAAUCACAGUAAAAGGACCAUACUCUUUCUCUAUCGGAGACGUCUCUGGCCUGGGUAAAUACCAGGGUGGUGGUCUCUUCGCACAAGUCAAGAUGCCUAAAGUUCUUCAGUUCCAAUCACUAGCGGAGCAGAUCAAGAAGCCGGAAUUCUUGAUCUCAGACUACGCCAAAUUUGAUCGCCCCGCGCAGCUGCACGUUGGUGUACAGGCCCUGCAUGCUUUCGCUGAAAAGAACAAAGGCGUAUUUCCCCGACCCCACAACGAACAGGACGCAAAAGAGGUUGUCGAAAUCGCCCAGAAGUUGGCAAAGGAAAGCUCAGAAGAAGUUGAACUUGACAGCAAGUUGAUCACUGAGUUGAGCUUUCAAGCUCAAGGUGAUCUCAACUCUACAGCGGCAUUCUUCGGCGGUUUGACGGCUCAGGAGGUUUUGAAGGCGGUCUCUGGAAAGUUCACACCAAUCGUCCAGUGGCUUUACUUUGACGCCCUGGAGGCGCUGCCUACUUCCGUUGCAAGAAGCGAGGAACUCUGCAAACCCAUCGGAUCAAGGUACGAUGGCCAAAUUGCUGUUUUUGGUCAGGAAUACCAGGAAAAGAUUUCCAAUGUCAAGAACUUCCUGGUUGGAGCGGGUGCCAUUGGCUGCGAAAUGUUGAAGAACUAUGCCAUGAUUGGCCUCGGAACGGGCCCUAAGGGCCACAUCACGGUCACAGACAACGACUCCAUCGAACGAAGCAAUCUCAACCGACAAUUCUUGUUCCGAGCCAAGGAUGUUGGAAAGCAGAAGAGUGACGCCGCUGCAGCUGCGGUACAAGCAAUGAAUUCCGAACUUAAGGGCAAGAUCACCACCUUGAAUGAUCGUGUUGGCCCUGAUUCGGAAGACGUCUUUGACGAGAAAUUCUGGGCAGAGCUCGAUCUGGUUACCAACGCUUUGGACAAUGUGGAAGCUCGUACAUAUGUCGAUCGCAGAUGUGUCUUCUUCCAGAAGCCACUACUUGAAAGCGGUACUCUCGGAACAAAGGCAAAUACUCAAGUGGUUCUUCCUCGUCUUACAGAAUCUUAUUCCAGCUCCCAAGAUCCCCCCGAACAAUCAUUCCCCAUGUGUACACUACGGAGUUUCCCCAACAAGAUUGAACAUACGAUUGCAUGGGCUCGAGAUUUGUUCCAAUCUUACUUCGUGGGACCUCCAGAGACUGUCAAUCUAUACCUCUCGCAGCCCGACUACAUCAACACCACUCUGAGACAACAAGGGAAUGAGAAGCAAAUCUUGGACAGUCUCAAGGACUUCUUGGUCUCUGACAAGCCCUCCGACUUUAAUGAUUGCAUUGCCUGGGCCCGUACACAGUUUGAAAAGCAGUAUCACAACGCGAUUGCUCAGUUGUUGUACAACUUCCCCAAGGAUUCCAAGACCUCAACCGGUGCGGAAUUCUGGUCAGGACCUAAACGCGCACCUACCGCUCUCAUUUUCGACCCCAAUGAUGAAACCCACCUUGGCUUUGUGAUCGCCGGUGCACACCUGCAUGCCUACAAUUAUGAUAUCCAAGCACCCAAAUUGAGCAAAGCAGAUUAUAUCAAAGUGAUCGACAGCAUGAUCAUCCCGGAAUUCAAACCCGAUUCGAAUGUCAAAAUCCAGGCAGAUGAGAAGGAGCCUGAUCCAAAUGGUCCACCUCCAACCUUUGCAGAUGAUGAGGAUGAAUUGAACAAGAUUGUUGCUCAACUGCCAGCACCAAAGAGUUUGCCUGGUUUCCGCUUGAGUGUUGUGGAAUUCGAGAAAGAUGAUGAUACAAAUCACCACAUUGAUUUCAUCACAGCUGCAAGUAAUCUUCGUGCCUUGAACUACAGUAUUACUGUUGCCGACAGACACAAGACCAAGUUCAUCGCUGGCAAGAUCAUUCCGGCCAUUGCAACGACUACCGCAUUGGCAACUGGAUUAGUAAUUUCAGAGCUGUACAAGAUUGUCGAUGGAAAGACAGACCUGGAACAAUACAAGAAUGGUUUCGUCAACCUUGCAUUGCCAUUCUUUGGUUUCAGCGAGCCUAUUUCCAGUCCCAAGGGCACCUAUCAGGGCAAGAAUGGUGAAGUGACAAUUGACAAACUCUGGGAUCGAUUUGAGGUUGACGACAUCACUUUGACAGAAUUCAUCAAGCACUUCGAUGAUCUUGGCUUGAGCGUUACCAUGGUCAGCUCUGGAGUCAGUCUUCUCUAUGCCAGUUUCUACCCGCCGAGCAAGGUGAAGGAUCGCUUGCCUCUUCAGAUGAGCAAGCUGCUCGAAACAAUCAGUCGCAAGCCGAUCCCCGAUCAUCAGAAGAACAUCAUCUUUGAGAUCACAGCUGAAGAUACGACUGAGGAGGAUGUGGAAAUUCCAUAUGUCAUGGUGAAAUACAAGAAGUAG